AUAUCCUCCCUCCCUGCCGUUCGGAUUCCACUUCGACUCCUCCCUCGACGCCCACCCCUCCACCACCUCUCCCAACCUCCUUCCAAGGCGGCCACCCCCGCAGCAGCUCCCCCGCGCGCGAGCGUCCCACCCACCGUCACGGCCGACGCGCCCGACGAGGAAGUCGCGGAACUUUUGGUCGAAACGGUGCCGGAGAUGAAGCUGAGCAAGCUGGCGUGCCCAAUCUGCUACUACCCCUUCGUGAGCGCGAGCGAUCAGUCAGGUGAUGCUUCUAGUCUGGAGUGUUCUACCUGCAAAAAAGUCUACCCAAAUAAGCAGGAUUACUGGGAUCUUACAGUAGCAGUUGGUUCAACCGAGUACACGGAGUCCAUGCCUGCAGCGACGGAGUUAUUCAGGACUUCGCUGGUAUCAUUCCUUUACGAGAGAGGAUGGCGCCAAACGUUCAGAUGGGGUGGUUUCCCGGGCCGAACGAGAGAGUUUGAAAUGGCAAAAACUUAUUUGAAUCCAACUAUUGGAGGGACUAUUGUUGAUGCGAGUUGUGGAAGUGGCCUGUUUUCAAGAUUAUUUAUUAAGAGUGGAUUAUAUUCUCUUGUUGUGGCAUUAGAUUUCUCAGAGAAUAUGUUGAAGCAGUGCAAAGAAUAUGUCGAGCACGAAAACAUUUCAGAUGAGAGAUUAGCAUUGGUGAGGGCUGACAUAUCCAGGCUCCCUUUUGUGAAUGGCUCAAUUGAUGCCGUGCAUGCAGGUGCUGCAAUUCAUUGUUGGCCAUCCCCAUCUUGUGCUGUUGCAGAAAUUAGUAGAGUACUUCGUCCAGGGGGAGUUCUUGUUGCUUCUACUUUCGUAGAAGAUAUUCCACUAGCCAUUCCGAUAUUGAGGAUCGGACGCCCGUACAUAAGCCGAAUCACUGGCAUGAAUAUCUUCUUAUCCGAAGCGGAGCUUGAAGAUCUCUGCAGAGCAUGUGGCCUGGUUGAUUUCGAAUUUGUCAGGAAUGGAUUCUAUAUAAUGUUCUCAGCUACUAAAGCAAGCUAAUGAAAGAGCUGCAAUCGUCCCGGAAGUCUAUUCGGCUGCUGAGCCGUGCCUGACGGUGUGUGUGAUGGGUUCCCCUUGCUCGGGGCUCGUUCUGUAUUGGCGCUCUGGGUGUGUGUGUUGUUCCUCGCGCUACUCUAUGUUCGCCAGCGUGCGUGAUGUGCCUUUUCCUUUCCUGUUA